GUGCAAGGCAUCGGGUCAAGAAAAUGUGCAGCUGUUGUCCCUCUGUUUAUGAAGCCGCAUGAACACCGCCAUCUACUUCAUACACACAAACACAACAAGGCGAGGAGGCAAGCAGGCUUAUCAGAAAAAAAGUAAACACACAGCGAACAAGUUAGUGUCAUGCAGGCCAGGCCUAGUUCACCGACGCACACACAUAAUCACAGAAAGACAUCAGGGCAGGACAACGACAAUUGCAGACACACAUGCAGACACAGCCAUUCAUUCAGUACAGUCAGUCCAGCCGCCACAGACACACACACUCACUGAUUAACAAACAAACAGACAGACAAACAAACAAACAAAUACCCACAUUGGGGCACCAGCAGUGUGCCGGGAAACCACUCGACAGACAGAGAGGCAGACACGUAGAGAGAGGGCGGCAGAUGUAUCACUGCCUGCCUCUAGAUGUACAGCAAGAUAGAGGGAAAAGGCAAAUCCGCCCCCCUCCUCCUCUACCCAAUCACAUGCAGCACCUCUAUAUCGUCGGCCAUGAACUCCAUCGACCCGCCCAGAAAGGCAGUGCCAUUCUCAUUCUUCACUCCCGUGUAGCCCUCAGGCACAUCACUGCCGGUAGUGUAGUGACGGCAGCUGCGGAUGUCGGCAGCAGCAGACCGGCCAUCGCCACCAUAGCCCAUGGCAAGUGAGAAACGUCCCCCGAUCCACACUCUCGCACCAUACACGGCCCCUCUCCUUUCCGCCACCCGCACGAUCUGCCCCCCUCCGUAGAGGUUGAUCUUGGUCGGCUGGGGGAAGUGGCCGGCCAGCGAGAAGAGCCACACAUCACUCUCGUACUCGCGGCGGUCGGUGGGAUAGUCGUCGGACAGCAAAAGGCGGUCACUGAUGAAGGCGCCGAACACAUAAUUGUCCUUACGAAUGAUGAACACGAGAGGCUCCGCGUCACCCACACGGACAAGCACUUUGCGCCAGGCCGUCCCGUGUGCAGCCGUCCUACACACAACACACAAAUGGAGAAUCAUCUGCCAGCCGACGGCACAUCAGGGCAUGAUGUGUGUCUACCAGUAGAGUGGGGUGAGUUUUGUUGUGGCGUUGCCCAGCACCCCGAGCUCCCCCUCUUGGACCAGCAGGCCGACCAGCCCCUCAUACUCCGACGCAGACAGCGAAGUGCCCUCGGGCGGGGUCACCUGCAGGCCACGCAAGUGGACCUGAACACACGAGUCAGCCAGCACACCAAAAGCAUCAAAUGGAGUGGAUGGGUGCACCGCGUCCUUGUGUCCACACCUGUUGUGCCUCCGCCACGCAAAGAACCGUCAACAGACCAGCCACAGCCCGAAUAAACAUCGCGAUUGUGAACAACAAGGGAGAGGGGAAGAGAAGAGAGGAGAGAUCCAAACUAGCUCACGAUAAGACAGGAUGUGACGAACGAGGCUCACACACCGAUUGGGUCAGGUUCCCAAAAAG